UUGGUUAAUAUUUGACUCACGUUUUUCUUGAGUGCCCCCACCCUUUUCCAAAUUUCAUCACCGAGUCGACGGCGAACACCUCUUUACCUCCGCCGCAAAAGACUUCGCCGCCACAAUUUGUAAAAUUCAUGAUAUCUGUAACUCUGAGAUUGAAUUGUUAAAAUUAGCAAAAUUCUGGUGGAAAUUAUUAUCUAAAUCAAUGAGUAAGGAGGUGGAUGAAGUAUCCCUUCCACCUAAAGAAGGAGCACUGUGGCUUGUGUAUACGCAUGGGAAUCAGAAUGAUUGUGAAAUUUCUCAAACGUUUUGCAGCAUUGAGGAUUACAACAAUGGUCAUCAAAUUAAGUGUAUCCCUCAAUUGAGCGGCAAAUCUUUUUGUGCUUUCUGCCAUGGCUGGUUAAUUUUACGCGAUGUUGUUGACAGAAGGAGUUUUUCUUUAUGGAAUCCCCUCACUCUACAAUCUGUAUUCAUCACUCCAUUGCCAUUUGACCUUUUUGACCAUUCUAUUAAAGCUUACACGUUGAUUACAUCGGAUAUUAGCCACAACAACAAUGUUCGUGUAGUUUUAUUGUUUUUCCGGGACUAUGUUUUGUCCUAUCAAACCAAAGAUUUUACAUGGGUUUCCCAUAAAGUUGAGCUUGAUGGUGAUAGUUUAUAUGUGUGCGAUGUGAUUACAGUGAACAACACCAUUUAUGGCUGGGCUAAUACGGGCAGAUCAUAUCUGCCGUUGUUGUUUAGUAUGGAGGUUGCUGAUGACUACUCUCACUCACUCACUGUAAAGUCUCUGCAGAUGAAAUGGCCAGGCAGUGGCAUUGGUUGUUUUCAAAGUGUGGAGUAUUGGGUUGAAUCUUGUGAUCAGAUAUACUAUGUCUGUGUUUAUAUCCGUCAUACUGAAGACCAUCGUAUAAGCGUGGUCAAGGUGUUGGAGUUGGAUUUGUUUGGAAGGAAUUGGGUGGAGGUCAAGUCUUUAGAUGGCCGUGCCUUUUUCUUAGGCAAAGAUUGUAGCACCUGGUGUUGGGGAAGUAACACCACUACUUCUGAUAAUGUUAAAUCAUCUAGUACAAGAGGUGGUGGCAGUGGCUGUAUCCGAGGGGAUUGUGUCUACUUUCUUUUUCCGGAAAGGGAUUGUGUCUACUAUUGUUACAGCUUGGACGAUUGUACUUUGAGUGUGUUUGAGUCCUGCCCAAACAUGCAAACCCCUUAUAGCUCUCCUAUUUGGCUGAAUAUGAUGCAACAACAUCAUCGGUCAUUAGGUGUUCUAGACGUGAAAGGAAAAGAAUGGAGUCAAAUUAAGGAGAAUGUAGAUGAUGAAGGUGUUGACAAUGUGAAGAUUAAUUGGAGUAAGGAAAUACAAGGAGAAAGCCCACGGUUUGUUGAGCUUCCUCACCAUCUCAUCGAUCUGAUUUCAAAGUAUAUGCAUUUGUUUGAUUUCUGGAACUUCCGAGCUAGCUGCAAGACAUUUCAAUCUGCAGUAGUCCCUCUAACACCCCUAUGUAGAAACAAUAACAUGCUUCCAUUGUUUGUAUUCUUGAAGAAUGAUGGCAGAUUUUGUGAAAUAUUAGACCCAUCUCGUGAUGAUUCAUGUACCAGAAUUUUCCAACUUUCUUCAGAACCUUUUGCUAUUGAUUUCUUCAAGGAUGGGUGGUUAGUUAUAUCUGUUGGUUCUUCUCGAUCACUAAAGUACUUCAAUCCCUUUACAAAGGUGAGGGGGGAUUUCCCAACUGAUGGGUGUUUAAGCUGCUUUUCUAGCAUCGGAUUCUCAACAUACCCUACUUCUCCUGAUUGUAUGACUGUUGCAAUUGUUGAGAAAUAUAUUGCAGUUGAGAUAAAUUAUGUCAAGUACGGGGAUGAAUCUUGGGACAGUUUUGAGCUUCGGUAUGAAGAUAUAGACCUUGAUUUUCAUCCUGGAACAAGUAGUCCGAUUGAUUUUGAAGGUACAUUGUACAUUCUUGACAGGGUUGGAUAUCUUGGAGCAUUUGUGUUGGUUAAGGGAGAAGAAAGUUGGAGAGUUUACGACAGGCCACAAACUCAGCUCUUUGACGACUUAGAUUCGGCCCAUUUGGUUAUGAGUGGUGGACAAUUACAUGCAGUAUUUAUUGGUUAUAUGGGAAAGUGGAUUGAAGUGUUCAAGUUCAACCUUCUGACAGAAAACUGGUGUAAAGUUAGAAGCCUUGGAAACCAUAGCUUUUUUAUAAGUCAUACGUCAUCCUUUUCAGUGGAAACUACAGAGGCAUGGAUGAGAAAUAGGAUCUAUCUUUCAAGAGUUAAAGGGAAUGGUAUAGUUUUCUACUCCCUUGACACCGGCAAGUAUCAUGUUUUUGGAAGUGAAGAGUCAAUGGAGAACUUGUAUGGUACCAAGGAGCCAACGCAGUGUUGUUGGCUUUAACUUUUAAAUAUUUUGCUAUUUUUUAUGUAAUUUUCUCUUACAGAAAAUAAAACUGAGAUCAAGUUUAAAGCUGAAAUAA